AUGAGCGCCAGGCGAUUCUUUGUGGGCGGCAACUGGAAGGCGAAUGGAGGCCAGAGCUUCGUCCGCUCCCUCGUAGCGGACCUCAACGCAGGAAAUGUCCCUGAGGACGUUGAGGUGGUGAUUUCCCCGCCCUCGCUCUACCUGGCCCAGGUGCGCAAGGAGAUCGCUGUGUCCGCACAGAACUGCUACCACCAGGACGGUGCCUUCACGGGCGAAGUCACCGCUUCGAUGGUGAAGGACCUUGGUCUCCCGUGGGUCAUCCUGGGCCACUCCGAGAGGAGGAGCAUCUUCAAGGAGAGCGAUGAGCUGAUUGGCACCAAGGUCGCCAAGUGCCUGGGUGUGGGCCUGAAGGUGAUCGCCUGUGUGGGCGAGCAACUUUCGGAGCGUGAGGAGGGCAAGACCACCGAGGUCGUCUUCUCUCAGCUCAAGGCCAUUGCGGCCAACGUGACUGACCCCAAGGGCUGGGAGAACGUCGUUAUCGGCAUCACCGCCGCCGCCCGAAUCCCCGGCCUCUGCCGAGCCGAAUCUGCCAACCACCACUACCACCCCGUCAGCGCCAUCAGCGCCAUCAUCGCCCUCACUGUCAUCGCUGUCGCCAGCGGCCGGCGCAAGCAGGGAGGUGGACCAAACCGAUGA